AUGAUAGCAACACUACUGAAGAGCAUCUCCAUGAUCAUUUCAGUCUCUGAGUUCCUCAUAGGGAUAAUUGGAAAUGGAUUAAUAGUGGCAGUGAAUUACUCAGACUGGGUCAAAAGGGGAAAGCUGUCCUCCUGCGAUCUGAUCCUGACCAGUCUGAGCAUCACCAGAUUUUGCCUGCAGUGCCAAUUAAUGGUUGGCAUUUUGUUAUAUGUGACACCCAGUCUAAAGAGUUCUUCCCAGAGAAAACUGUACAAAAUUAUGAAUAUUCUCUGGAUGUUUCUAAAUCACUCCAGUGUCUGGUUUGACCUUGCUCUCUUCUGUCUGAAGAUUGCCAACUUCACCCAUCCCCUCUUCCUCUGGCUGAAGCUAAGAAUCUCUGGGCUGGUGCCAUGGCUGGUCCUGGGAACGCUGGUGACCUCGCUGCUUCCCACUGUGCCCUUAGCCUACAAUAACUCUCCCAGAAACAGCACUGAGGAGAACAAUCAUUGGCAAAGGCAUUAUUCACAACUAAAUUUAUUCUGCAACCUGGGCACUCUCGUUCCUGUCACAAUAUUCCUGCUUUCAUCCAUCCUGUUAGUCAUUUCUCUUUGCAGACACACAAGGCAGAUGCAAUACAACACAACUGGCCUCAGUUCUGUCAGCAUAGAGGCCCAUAUCCGUGCUAUUAAAGCUGUUAUCACCUUUCUUAUCGUCUGCGUUUCUUAUUUUUUGGCUGUCCAUAUCAUGCUGUCUUAUAUUUUUUAUAGAUGCAGUGUUUAA